AUGGAUGACUCUUCAUCCUCAUCAUACUGGUGCUACAGAUGCAGCCAAUUUAUCAAUGUUCCGACUCACCGGUUAGAUUCUUCUUUCUUUUGCCCGGAUUGCAACGGUGGAUUCAUAGAGGAGCUCGGUAGCCCGACCCAGAUACCCGAAUCAACACUUUCGGACUCUCACCGGAGACGUUUUCCUGCUGCGGCUCUAUACAUGGUCGGAAACGAGCAACAGAGCUCAGUAUCAAGUCCUAGCCCACCGGUGCUUCGCCGUACUGUAAGGAACCCAGGUGAUCGGUCGCCGUUUAACCCCGUCAUCGUCGUCCGUGGACAGGCCAGCAACGGGAACACGCCGCCCGUUGAAUCCGGCAACGGGAGAGGGUUUGAGAUGUAUUAUGAUGACGGAGCUGGGUCUGGUUUGAGGCCAUUACCGGUGAGUAUGUCGGAGUUUUUGUUGGGUGCUGGUUUUGACCGGUUAUUAGAUCAAUUGACUCAAAUUGAAGCGAAUGGGUUAGGGAGAAUGGACCAGAAUCCCCCGGCGUCAAAGGCCGCCAUUGAAGCACUUCCGACGAUUGAAAUUCAAGAAAUUCAUACUUUCACCGAAUCCCAUUGUGCUGUUUGUAAAGACCCAUUUGAAUUACAAACAGAAGCUAAAGAAAUGCCUUUUUGCCGCCACGAACUGCCGUCGGAUAAUCAAGAAUCAGUAUCAGACGAUAACGAUGUAGCAGCAGGAUUAACGAUUUGGAGGCUGCCUGGCGGCGGUUUUGCGGUGGGGAGGAGGGGAAGGGAGAGAGAGAUACCAGUUGUUUUUACUGAAAUGGACGGUGGAUUCAACAUCAACGGAGGUCCAUGGAGGAGGAGGUCAUGGGGUUUACGAGGAAACGGUGGUGGAGGAAAUGGCGGAUUGCGGCGGUUUUUCAAUAAUAUGUUUUCUUGUUUCAGUGGUGGUGGUCGAGGGCGGAGAGGUUUGUCCUCUAGUUCGAGUUCCAGUUCUGAUGAUGGAGUAAGCCAUAGAAGCAGAUUUAUUCCGGCGAUUUUUAGCAGUUCCUCACGGCGGCAGAGGGCGUGGGCUUCUGACGUGAACAAUCGGCCACAAAUGUGGUGA